GUGUUAUGUCCCCGGUGUGACAUUGGAAUGCUGAAUCUGAAGAGAAAGCAGAAGAAGUUGAAGGAGCCAAUGCCAAGUGGAAAGAAGAGGAGCACUAAGCUAGAGACUCUGAGUGACUUAGAAAGAGCUCUCUCUGAGAGCAAAGAUACUGCAUCUGCGAUGGCGACGCUUGGGGAAGCGCGAUUAAAGGAGAUGGAAGCGUUGCGUUCUCUGCGAGCCGCAAACGAAGUGAAGGUGCUCUCUAGUGAAGAGGACGCUGAACUGAAAGUCUGUUUGUGCCAGAAGGAGCCGGCUGCUCCCAUGAUACAGUGUGAACUCUGCAGAGGGUUCUUCCAUACCGGCUGUGUUUCUGUGCCCAGCGUUUUGCAGGGACCUCGCGUGUGGCUCUGUCCACACUGUCAUCGGUCGGAAAAACCACCUUUAGAAAAGAUCUUACCGUUGCUGGCCUCCUUGCAGCGUAUCCGUGUGAGGCUCCCUGAGGGGGAUGCCUUGCGGUACAUGAUUGAGAGAACUGUGAACUGGCAGCACAGAGCACAACAAAUGUUGUAUUCAGGGAAUCUAAAACUUAUACAAGACAAAGUUGGCUCAGGAUUAUUGUACAACAGGUGGCAAGCCACAGCAAGCCAAUUGCCGGAGACAAACAAGGUUUCCCAGACAAUUGGAGCUAUGUCAUUCUCCAUGCCUCAUGACUGGGAUAACAGAACCAUAUACUUACAUUCUCCAUUUUCUACAGGACAGCACUGCAUCCCACUUCAUGUCAUUAGCACAGAGCUGGACGAGCUGAUGAUGGAAGCCCAGCUGCUGCAGGUUUCCCUGCCUGAAAUACAGGAGCUGUACCAGAUCCUAUUCACGAAGCAGAGUCCCGCUUUGCAGACAGAGCAGAGGUCUUCCGUUGGACUGACAAAUGAAAAGAAUGAGUGUUACCGAGGAAAAAAGGAUGGAGUUAGCUACAUGGAGAGAAAAGUAAAGCGACGUCUUGAGAGAGAGAGCUUCUGUGACGAGAAGAGAGCAAGAAUUAAAAAAAUGCGAACACCCAAAAAGAAGAAACUGAAACUGAACCACUCAAAGGAUCUCUGCACUAACAAACUGGAGAGAGAACGGGAGCGGCUCUUUGAGCUGCAGCGUUCCGCUGACAGCCACUUACUGCCCUCCGACGUGUCCUUCUCUGAGCAGGAGGACUCUGAGGAUGAAGAUGCUAUCUGCCCUGCUGUGAACUGUCUCCAGCCUGAGGGGGAUGAGGUGGAUUGGGUCCAGUGCGAUGGCAGCUGCAACCAGUGGUUCCACCAGGUGUGUGUGGGCAUUUCUCCGGAAAUGGCAGAGAAGGAGGACUACAUCUGCGCCAGCUGCACUGGGAAGGACUCUCACCAUCGGAAGUGAAACUCCCCACCAACCAUUCAGGACUGGAGUAAAGAAGGUUAUCAGAGUUUUUCAAUAAAGCCACAGGGGCUGGUUUAAAAACCAGAUUGCAAAUGGUGCUACUUCUUUCCUUAUGGGAUCAUUUUCCAGAACUCAAAACAAUUUUUGACACUUUUGUAUUUUCCCUUGAUAUGUUUGUGGUUGUUGAGGUUUGAGAUGCUGACUGUUUAGCAGGGGUUUCCACCAAUUUAGAAGGCAUUUGAAACAUGCACCUUUUAUUGUACAGCAUUAAAUUACCUCUCUGGGAUUUACCGGCGUAUUUAAUUCAGCUUGGUUUAGGUGCAAAAAACCCUGCACCAUGAAUUUUCCAAUAAAUCCUCUUUUGAGGAAAUCCCUGUUUACUCUGUUAACUCUUUGGAGACUUUAGUUUUUUUCCACUUUGUUUUUCGUAGAGUAGGUUUAUUUAUCUGAGCAAUAACUCCUAUGUCUGGAUU